AUGCUUCCUCUCGGUCUCCUCACGGCCGCACAGGGCCACCCCAUGCUGGUGGAACUGAAGAACGGCGAAACUCUGAACGGCCACCUGGUUACCUGCGAUAACUUCAUGAACCUCAUUUUGCGCGAGGUAGUGCAGACGAGUCCCGAGGGCGACCGGUUCUUCAGAUUACCCGAAGUUUACAUCCGGGGCAACAACAUCAAAUACCUACGAGUUCCCGAAGAGAUUGUCGAGAUUGUCAAAGAGCAGCAACAAAACCAACCACAAGGCCGUCGCGGCGGGCGAGACGGUGAUCGUGGCCGCGGCCGUGGUCGGGGUGGUGGUGGUGGCGGCCGGGGUGGACGUGGUCGGGGACGAGGCGGUCCCAAUUAG